AUGGACUCAUCUAACCCAGACGAUCAGAGUGAGCCAAGGCUCAAAGGAAAACACAAUAAGACGCGACCUCUACGAACCUACAGCAAACGUGCUUUGCCGACUGAUACAUCAGAACCUGUAUCGAAGAAGCGACGCAUUGAGGAAACAAGUAUAGGUCCGGAGCGAACAGAUGAGGCGACGGAACCACCUCACCAAUCCGAAAUCGCCUGCCCUUCGCCGACUCUACCUCCAUCCAAACCUAAGAAAGGGUCAAUCAUGAGCUACUUCAAAGUUAUGCAACCCAUGCCAAGUAGCUCAGCCAUAUCGUCAGAACCAACUUCUGGGCCUACCGAACCCGCUAGUACACCUCCGUCAUCCCCCCCAAUGUUUGACUUAAAUCGAAAGAAACGACGAAGGCUCACUACACGUAUAAUAUCUCGAGCCACGUCUAAUGAUCCGAACCAGGAGGAUAUAGUCGAAGGAGAAGACCAAAGGUCAGAUGAUAUAGGUGACGGAUCUGUAGCAUCAGCAAGCCCAGCAGAUGCAUUAUCCGACGCCAGUUCGAAUACUCUCGACCGCCCGACCGCGAAACGGAAAAAGCAAUUUGGUGUUAGAAAACAUAGAAGGAAUAAGGAAGAUCAAAAACCAAGUGCAGUUCAAACGACACUAAGUCUAUCGCUCUCGGAGAAGGGGUUCACGGAGUGCAAGGAAUGCAAUAUGCUAUAUAAUCCGCUACACAAGCAGGAUGCGAAAUGUCACGCUAGUCGUCAUGCAGCGAUGCUUAAGGCGAAGUCGAGUACUCCUGACAAUCAAAUAUCGGACUAA